AUGCAACAAGAAUGCAUCACCAAAUCACUCAUCGAAACCUGCACUUGUGACUUCCCUAUUGUCCCUCCCCCAUUUGUCGCCCAACCAAUUGGACCGACUGGACAAUGCACUACUCAAACUGGUUUCCUCGGUUGUCAAAACGGAAACAGUCCUCAGGAUGUACUUCGUUUUAUGAUCUUCGAUAUGAAUGGAAACGUUUUAUUCGAUUCCGGUGAUUACUGUGCGGGUGAUGCAAUCAAUCAUGUUGAUAACAAUUGCGAGUGUAAGACUGUUGCUGCUGCAGCUGGUGAUUCGAAUUUUCCAUUUUGCGAUGGUUCAUAUGCUCCAUAUCUCUCUUGCACAAAUUCGGGAACGGAUCCUGUUAUGUGUGCUGCAUUUGGA